GUGGCUUCUCCUUCGUGAGGUGCUCAAUACACAUAUAGAGGGCUAACCCCCCCGCCUCCCCCCGUCGCCAGGACCGCAACAACAACAACAACAACAACAACAACAACAACAACGACGACGACGACGACGACGACGACAACGGACGACGCAGCCCCCACUAGUAUCUCCUACCACAUCCUCACAACUUCGAGAACAUCAGAUGCGACGAGCGAGACGGAGGUGCUGGUCCGUCGCCCUAGCCCUCCUGCUAACGUACGCCGUCGUCAGCACCGUCCUUUUCUUGCGGCCUCCGCUCCACCCGGUCGGCCCCUCCACCAAACCCAGCACCACCAUCUCCGGCAACCAGCGGACACGACAGCAACCCAGGCUCCGAUCGGCUUCGGGGGCCGACUCGAUCGUCUUCGUUGCCCUGGGCCCCGCGGCGCGGUCGGCCUCGCUGCUGUACGCCCUGACGUCGCUUAGAGAGGAGGGAGGCUGGGACGGCCAGGUGCACGUGGUCGUUGAGCGCGAGGAUGACCUGGCCUGCCUCUCGUCGUACCUUCGCCAGUCCGUCACGGCCAUCGCUAUCGCACCGCCGCCGCCGCCGCCCUCACCCGGCGGUAGUCUUCAUUCCGGUGGCGGGGACACGAGAGGGGUGGUGCAGAACGCCAAGAUGGCGAAGAUGAAGCUCCUGGACCUACUUCCGCCCUCGGUGGAGCGCGUGGUGUACGUGGACUGCGACGUCGUCACCCAGCGGCCUCUCGGGCCUUUCCUCGACGCCGUCGCCCGCGAGUGGGACGAGCUGGACAGAAAAGCGGCAGCGGCAGCGGCAGCGGCGACAGCUGCGGUGGGAGGGCCAGCGACAACCAGGCCGCCGCCGAAAAAAGGAGUAGUGAACUCACGCUUGCGAGGAGGGCGUGAUGAUGGCGACGAGGUAUUUGCUCCUCCUCCUCAGCCGAUGAGCGGCGACGGUGACACCAACCGACGGCCGCCGCCGCCGCCGCCGCCACCGCCGUCAACAGUGAUGAUCUUCGCGGACGCGGGCGGGCACACGGUCCCCGUUUGCCGGGGCUGCGACCGGGCACACUCGGGGGUGGUGGCCCUGGCGCGUGGGCACUCCGAGCGGUGCCUGAAGCUUUGGCACGACGCUUUCGAGGGAGACGGCGCGGGAAACGGGGGCACGUCCACGGACCAAGAAGCGCUGGACGCGGCGCUCGGGGAGGGGUCGGGCUGCGAGGCGAUCAUGAUGGGACGGUGGCACCUCUCGUUCAUGAAGGACGCGUUUGUCAUGGCCGGGCUGACGAGGACGAGCACGUUCGGCCACUACACGGGGCUGCUUCACCCGAAGACCCUGGGCAAGGUCUACCGGAGGUUUUACGAGUGGGCCCUUGGGAUGAGCUUCGAGGAGUGGGGGCAAGGGGAGAUCCAGGGCUGCGCGGUCGAGUGA